AUGUCGGAACAAGCCAUGGACGACGUCUCCAAGUUUUUGCAGGAUGUCAAGGAGAUGAAUGCCCGCCGCACCGAGGAGGACGACGCCCGUCAGCGCGAAUUGGACGAGAAGAUCCAGCAGGAGAAGAGGGAACGCCAGGCUCGUCGUGCCGAACGCGCCCGAUCCAUUUCCCCUCAGAAAUCAUCCCCGGCCAAUACCCCACCACCAUCGUCUCAACGCAACACCACGCAGCUUUCCGAUGAUCUGAGGCUGUCUUCGCCUGGUCUCGAACACACCGGAAGCCCUCGAUCUCGUGGUAUCACGGCCUCUGACACCAUGGAGAGCUUCUCCUCCACCUCUCCCACCAAAGAGAACGAUUCACCCUUCGAUGCUGAUACCAAGCGAACGAGCGUCACCUCUCCUACCGGCAGCGUACAAGGAGCGCGACCGCUUUCCUGGCAGAGGCGUCCCAACUCGCAACAUUCCGAUCGAUCCAAGAGCCGUCCUCUCUCCGUCGUCGCCGCCGAGAACGCUGCGAGGACCUCGCCAAACCCGCCUUCUGACCCCGCCUCCGCAACCGAGCAGUCCUUCUCCAAGGACCAGAUCGCCCAGGCAUUGGGAUCCAAGGACCCCUCCUGGUUCCGCCAGACGGCCGACAGAGCUAGCGUUGCCUCCGCCGCCAGCCGCAAGAGCCAAGUGGAAGACACAGAUACAACCGACAUGUCGGCCAUGCGCCAUCAGCUCCCUGGCAUGAGCCGCAGCUCAUCGACCGAUCUUGCUCCAGAAAGUGCGAGCCCCACGAAAGGCCUGGCAUCUCCGCUGUCAUUGAGCUCCGCGCAAAGACUCGACCCCCCUGCCGAGAUCUCUCCCGAAAAUGACAAGCGAGCGUCGGCCCUGUCGUCAGGAUCAGGACGCGCAUCGCCCACAAGACCUGUCUCGCCAACGAAAGGCAUGGGCGGCUUUGUGCAGAGUGCCAUGAUGAAGAGGUCAGACAGUGUAAAGAGAUGGAGUGUCACGUCUCCUACUGGGCUCGUUCGUGCCGACUCUGCCGCUUCAAGCCGGACUGAAGAAGAAAAUGACCUGGAAACCACCCCCAAAGCACCUGUCGCCGAUCCCCAUCCGGAUCCGAAGCCCACCGAAGACGACGAGGAGAAGGUUACACCACCGUCAAGUCCGUCCAAGACCAUGGAUUCUAGGAGAUGGAGCCCGACCAAAGCUAGCUGGCUGGAGACAGCACUGAACAAGCCAGAGUCGCCGAAGCCGAAGCCGCCGCCCACGACGAAUCAACCGGCGUGGAUGGUCGAGCUGAACAAAGCCAAGGCGCAAAAGGCUGCCAGUGGGAGUGUUGAUCUUGGGCGAGCCGGAUCCGUCUCUUCCCAGAAGCACGAAGUCAAUAUUGGCGGGCUCAUGCGGUCAUCACCCAUGGGCGGCCAUACCUCCAAGCCUUCUGUCAGUGGGCUGAAGGGCAUCUUUACACCACCAACUGAGACCUCACAUAGAUCAAGCGGCAGCAUCAGUGGAAGCAGCUUCCGCAAUAGUCAAAUCAAGAGCCCGAUCAAUGACGCCAAACCUGAGGGAGAGAUUGGAGAUAUCCCGAAACGAUCGUCAGUCAGUGACGGCCCUGCCGCAGCAAAGGUCAAGCCCGAGACCCCACCAAAGAAGGAUUUUCGUGCCGGCCUCAAGUCUCGGAACCCCUCUGGCGAUGCAGGGUCAUCCAAGGAACAGCCUAACGAACUAGCAAACGUCUUUGGUAAUCUGCGUCGAACCAAGACUCAAAACUACGUUGCCCCAGAUGAGCUGAAGGGUAACAUCCUGCGCGGAAAAGCAGGUCUUAACAUUACCGGUGGCCCCAAGCCCAGCGAGCGCAAGGACGAGUUCAAGGAUGCAAUCCUGAAGAAAAAGGAAGAUUUCAAGGCCGCCCAAGAACAAGGCAGAGGCAUCGCUCGCAGCAAAUCCAACGCGGCCGACAGACCGGUGCCUGAGGCCCUGCUGAAGAAGGCUGAAUUUAGCAAAUCUCUUUCCUCCAGGCCAGACAUGUCAGAAUACACGAUUGAACAUCGCAAAUCUGUCAGCGGGCGGCCUCAGUCCAUGCCGAGAGAUGAGCCAAAGGAUGACUCCGCGGCGCCCUCGCCGUCAUUCAAGUCUCUGGCGGAAUCGAUCAAGUCUCCCACCGGCUCGGUCACCUCUCCAGGUCUUCAGAAAGAGACCAGUCCCCCGGCCCGCCUGCAAGGCCGCGCUGCGGCUGGUGGGCUUGCAAACCGUUUCAACCCUGCGCUUGCUGGGCUUCUGGCUCGCGGCCCGCCACCCAUGGCCGGAGGGAAAGACUCUGAAAAGUCGGAGGGUUCCGGCGCCUCAGCUUCAGAGCCAACGGCACCAGGCCCGCAGCUGACGCACAUGACCAAAGGCCGUGCUCGUGGUCCGAGGAGAAAGGCUCCGACAAAGGCCGCCGCUCCUGUGGAGUCUCAGUCAAGCCCGGCGCCCGCUUCGCCGGUCAAGGAUGAAGAACCGGUCAUGAUGGAGGAGCCUAAGACGAGCCCGGUGAAGGAAGCGCCUCCUUCGAUCCAUGCCCAAGUCGCUGCUCAAGCGGCUUUGAAGAGCCGGCCGGCUCCUCUCAAGUCGUUCGAGAAACCAGUCGAAGAACCUGAAAAGCCAGCCGAAAGGUCUGCAGAGAAGCCAGUCUUCAGCCCCAAAGACAGUGAACCCGUGCCGACCCGCAGGUCAAGAUCCCCCACCAUGAAGCUUCAGUCUUCCCCCAUCAAGCUUCAGGAGGAGAAGCCGGUUGAGCCUACCGCCCAGCCCACCUCGCCUAAGAAGCUGGAUAUGAAGAGGAUGUCGAUAUUCCUGGAUGACACCGCCCAGGCUAGCCCCAAGCCUGAGAGCCCCAAGAGGGCCGAGAGUCCAAAGAGGGCCGAAAGUCCAAAGAGGGCCGAGAGUCCCAAGAGGGAAAGCCCGAGAAAGGACAGCCCCAAGCCUGAUAGUCCUGUGAGGGACAUCCCCCAACCAAGCAGCCCCAAGAAGGAGAGUCCCGUUUCUACGCCGAGGUUCGAGCCCAAGCCGGUCUUCGAGAAGCCUCUUAGCCCUACACCGCAGAAGGAGGAAGCUUCCCCUGUCAAGACUUCUGGACGGCCUCUACCAGAGCCCAGGCCCAGUUCUCCGCGCAAGUCGUUUGUGGAACCCCGCGAGGAGCCCGCGCAGCCCACUCCGAUCAAGACGUUCGGGGCGCGGCCGUUGCCUGAACCCACCUCCAGGUCGCCAAUUCGAUCUCCCAUCAGAUCCCCGCCCCCGAAUGACUACAGCCCGCAUGUGGCGCCUCUCCGCCUGUCGCGGCCUAGCUCACCUCUGAAGAUGGCAUCGAACGACAAGGUCGACAGCGAGCCAGUCGUGUCUGUCAAGAAUGCCACCGCCAUGUUUGGAGGAUCCGUGGCACAGUCACCGCCGCUCGUAAAGUCGCCUCCUCCCAUGAAAUCACCUGUGAGGUCGCCACUGAACUCGCCUCCUGUCGAGAACAUCUCCCGCUUUGAAAACCCCGCGCCUCCUGUGGAGAGGACCAGCACCCCGAAGGCCGCUGCCAGGCCACUGCCGCUUCCUCCGAAGCCAUCUUCCCCUACGCCCGUAACAUCGCCGAUGCGAUCUCCGACCAAACAGGGACCGGAUGUGUCGACCAUGCUGGAUGACUUUUUCGGCACACCGAGACCGCAGAGAGAGUUCCGGGUGGAUACUGCGGAAAUCCUGAUGAAUAAGCCCCAGGCUCGCAACAUCCAGGGCCAGGGUGGUCGGCUAUUCCAGAUCACUGGCGAUGGCAAGAAGAUCCCCGUGCCGGCGCAUAACGAGCGCAUCCUGUUUGAGCGGGAAAUGUACAUCUGCGCGUUUACCUUUACAAACGAAACCGGCAGAAAGGCAACGGAGGUGUACUUCUGGGCCGGCGAUGAGGUGCCCGACGCCACUGCCGAAGAUGCCUCUCUGUUUGUGAACCGGGAAGCCAGGUCUCUCGGCGGAAAGGUUGUGAGGAUGCGCCAGGGCAGAGAAACCCCUGAAUUUAUCCUGGCACUUGGCGGCAUGAUCAUCAUUCGCCGGGGCACCAGCACCAAGUACGACUCUCUGGCGCCUAGCAUGCUCUGCGGCCGUCGUACCCUCGGACAACACACCUUUGUGUUUGACGAGGUCGAUCUGUCUUCGGCGAGCCUCUGCUCAGGAUUCCCCUUCCUGAUCGCAACCUCAGGAAAGUGCUACCUGUGGAAGGGCAAGGGUAGUGAUGUAGACGAGCAGAGUUGCGCGCGUCUCAUAGGUAUGGACUUGACUUUGACGGGCGAGCUCCUGGAGAUCGACGACGGCAGCGAGCCGGACAGCUUCUGGGACAUUUUCGACGGCGGCUCGAAGGCCACGUCCGCGGACCAUUGGCGCUUGAAGCCGAGCUACGACAAGUACUGUCAGCGCCUGUUCCGGUCUAACGCGGCUUCAAAGCAGCAGGUCGUUGAAAUCGCUCCGUUCACUCAAGCAGACCUGGACCCCUCAGGAAUCUACGUCCUGGACGCCUUCUUUGAGAUGUACAUCAUUGUUGGCAAGUUCGCCCAGAGUCAGUACAGCUCGUUCCGCAUCGCCCUCGACUUUGCACAGGAGUAUGCCAUCUUGGCCAGCGGCAUGGAAGACCGCCCCUUCAUUCCCAUCUCCACGGUCGUCCUCGAGGGUAUCCCCAAGGACCUCAAGAGCGUCUUCCGCAAGUGGCGGGACGAGGCCAGCCCGACCAUCAUGCCCGUAAGGAGCGGAAGCUCAAGUCCCUUGAAGCGAGGAAGGAGUCUGCGCGUCGUGCCCCUGACCCAGGCACUCCAGGCGCUUAGUGAGUAA